GCUCGGUGAACCUGAUAAAUGUGCGUUCUGAUACAACUCAGACCCUUUGAUAUUUUGCUAUUUUUUUCUUAAGCUGUAUUCUGUGUGCAGGUGCAGUGGCUUAGUUGGUCAAAGUCUAAUAAAGAAAGGGUUCUUAUUACUUGAUUAUUACUUCUUGUAAAAACAUAUGCAAAGCUGCAUAAAUUUAAAAGCCAAAUUAGGUAAGAUGAUUUGUCUGAUUAUGGGAACUAUGAGCACAAGAACAUUUCACUGCUUUGCAUCAGGGAAACUACUGACGAUAAAAACAAUUUAAUUUGUUUGUUUGGCCGACACCCAGGUCAAUGGCCCUGACCGUUGGGUUGUUUUUAUAAACUCCUCUUAAUGGCCAGAUUAGUUGGAAAUGAGGUGUAUCACUCCAUCACUGUGUAUCCAUCACUCUGAAAGGUGAUGUAUUGAAAACCUGUUGCCAUAGGUCAAACACAAUACACAGCUCGGUCUUUAAAUUAGGAGCGUCUUCUGUUUUCAUCAAUUCCUCUACACUUUGUGCCAUCAUUUAAGGUAAGUAUUAACAUAGAAACAGGCUGGGUUGUUGCUUAAAAAAAUCACUAACAGUGUUAGUUUUAUAGUUUCAAAUAUCAUUAGAGUUCAAUUCUUAACUGUGCUCUGGUGGCAUUUACAGACAGGCAGCUACCGUUUACCAAAGAGGCAACCGACUGAAUUCAUGUUUGACUUACCUAAUCAUGUUGAUCUGUUAUACCACUAUUAUAUGUAUGUUUAUGGCUUAAAGUCGCCAGAUAUUCCUCAAAAUGGAACUAUAUGUAUGAAUAGAUGGAUGGAUCAACCAAAAAAUAAAUUGCAUGUUGUAAUUAAAGUAAUAGACUGUUGUAAUCAUUGCUUUGUGUUUUAUUAAAUGUAACAGGAAGAGAAAAUGGAGAGUAACAUCCCCUGUCUUCUCCUCAUCCUCAUCUUCAUCCUCCCUGCUCCUCUGUAUGCCCAGCCUUCAGACCAGAAUAUUUCAAUGGUUGUCCAAGUUAAUAAUUCAUACACCUGGCAAAGGGCUAAAACUUACUGCAAAGAGCACCAUACUGAUUUGGUCACAAUCAGAAGCCUAGAGGAGGCAAAUAAUCUUACAUUUUUUGAAGGCUGGAUUGGUUUGAAGAAGAACAAGACCGAGUGGAAAUGGUCCCAAAAUGGAGAAUUGGCCAACUUCUUCAACUGGAAUUUAGGUGAACCGGGUGAUGGCCACUGUGUCAUAAAGAAUUUGUCAUCCCCAGACUGGAUGAGUACUGACUGUAAGGGCCAUAAUCACUUCUUGUGUAUCAAUGAAAACAUGAUUCUGGUCCAGGAGAUGAAGACAUGGGAAGAAGCAUUGCUGCACUGUAACGAGCUGCCCAGUGCUUUGAACAGCACGUACCAUCACGACCUUGCCUGCCUGCCAGAAUCUCCUACCCUUGUGUGGAACAGAAAGAAAAUAGAGGAGACAGUCACUGAUGAGGUGUGGAUUGGACUGCGUUUCCUGGCUGGUUAUUGGGUGUGGACCAAUGGAGCAAAGAUGAAGAGUUCCUAUCUCCCUCAGUGUCCCGCUCAGGAUCAACACUGUGGUGCCCUGGAUCUCAAUAAUGACCAAUGGAAGACAAUGAACUGUACUGAGAAAAGACACUUCCUCUGCAGCUUAUACAAAUAUAAGUAACAUGAGAGUCCAAACCAUGACCAAGAUAUAUUAUUGGUGGUGUGACUUAAUGAAUUGUUAAAGUUCUCUGUUCUCCUGAAACAAUUCCACGUCCCUAAUAGUAGUGGAGGAAGCUGGAGUCUGAAACGUUCAUACAGGUCAAGGUCAAGCUUGGAGCUGAUUAUGAUUUAGGCUUUCUAGGGUUUCUGGGCUUUAGGUGUAGCCAGCGGAUACCUGGAAAAUAGAUUAUGCAUAUCCUGGACAAGACUUCCUCUGCUUCCUCUUCCUCUGUCUUAUUAGUAACUUUGCAGAAUUUUUGCUUAUCUAUAAAAACAGACACAUACAUAUAAGUACAACCUAACAAAAGAAAAAGAUAGCCAAUGGCUUCCAAGAUUUCAUUUCAGGCUCUUCAUUUCUCCAGGCUCUUUCCUCUCCACAUGGACUGUUACAACCAAAGCCUGCAAAUGUGAUUGACCAAUACUACUUGACUACAAAUGGAAACCAGAUUGCCUCUGGCGCCCAAAUCUACAUAUUCAUAUGCAUGUAUUUGUUCAUAGA